AUGAUCGUUCGAAUCGAACAGGUUAGUUCGUGAAUAAGUGUUAGUUUCAUUCUGAAAAAGAACAAGAUUUGAAGGAGAACGUCAGUCCGCAAGCAGAGCCACUUAGUCCUUCGAAUCCCUGCAUGGUGUUGAGAGGUGGCACGAUUCCCGCCUCACUGCAGUCGUUCCCUGGUAUGGAACAUGAUCGGGGGCUGUACAAUGGACUGUCGCAGGACCCUCCUUCUUCAAAUGGCAUCGCUGAUCUUGCAGCGGGGUCAAACCUUUUUGAUGAUGAAAGAGAAAUCGAAGUGAGCACAUGAAUAAUAGACAAAAUUACCAAACCGUUCAUGUUUUCAGGCAGUAGCGGCCGCUUCGGAAGCACAGUUGAAACCUACGAUCAUCGCUUCCACAACGACCUUGGUUCCUGUUCCAGUCCCUCCAGUCAUAAUCCCGCCCACAGUUCCCGCUAAAUCUUUACUGAAAGAUACUCUGUCGCCAUUGCAUAUAAAUGUCACAGAUUGUUUGAAAACUGACGCAGUGAGUUAAUUGGACUAUGAGUUCCAAUUAUCUUAAUAAUUUUAGGCUGGAAUGUCAUCUCGCGAAUCUGAUUUGUCGCGUAAUGGCUUUUCAAGUCAAAAGAAGUCCUAUCCACGUCGACCGUCCGGUACUAUCAAAGAGUACCCGGUACAGCGGCCGAGCACGUCUUCUACGACUGCUCCAGUUAUUAUGGGUCCUCCAACAAACUCAAAUGCGCCAGUUCUCCUCAGUCCAGCCGGCAAUCUACACAACGGGUAUCAGUAAGUGUGACGUCCGUUUUUCAUUAUAAAAAAUUGGUAAUUUUAGAAGAAUAUCUUCUGGAGAUUCUGCUCCGAAUUCUCCUGGAUUUCUCGCUCGCCCAAUGCCGAAGUACAAUCAAUCUCCCCAUCCGCUUGCUGUUCACCGGUCUGCCCUGCAAAAUGCUCGUCAACCAGGACCAGGUCCCUCAUUAUCCGUGCAAUCUCGUCCACCAAGUACAGCGGUGUCUCCGCAAAACGGAAGAAAAGACAACGAAAUGACGAGGCGUCGAGCGCUGGUCGACAGAAUAGGAAAGUCUCGUGGUCCCGAGUACAUGCACUUGAUGCCGCAGGUCGAGGGGCUCACUACCACACAGACUUCUAUCCUUCUAAGAAAACAUCGAGGAUCUCUGCAAUCGAAUGGAAUGCCGCUUUCUCUUCAGCGACUGAUUGACUGCGGAGAUGAGCCGGACAGAUCGACCGAACAAUUCGUAAAGAAAAUCAAUGAAACAAAUCAAAAGAGAGUCAGACACAAUGAUUUGGACGAAUUGACUGAUAUCAGCGAUCUGGAAGACGAUUUGGAGGAUUCGCAGAGUCAAGAACGGAAAAAGACUAGGGAGACUCCGCAAUGGACAUCGAAAAGAAUGCGAUAUUGUGGAAUGCUUUCACGCGCGGAAACGCUUCUCGCUGAAAAGAUUGCACUGUUGGGAAUGCUCAAAAACCAGCAAGCGGUUAUGGACGUGUCAUGCGGAGUGAGAUUUGCAGGCGAAGAAAUGAUAACGAGAAGGAGAAGGCAGCUGAACGGGACAUAUUACUUGUAUGACAAGUCCCCAUUCCGUAGAACUUCUCCCGAACAGUUUGGAUGUGCUCGCGCAAUGCCUAUCCAAUCUUGGACGAAAAGGAAGCCACACAAAAAUGUAUUCGAGUGAGUUUUCAAUUAAAAAAUGCAAUUACACCGUCGUUGAUGUUAUAGAGAUAAAAAGGAUGAGAUGGUGCGCAAUUCGAUGAAUACUGUGAAACCGGCACCGAACCCGAAUGAGAAAUGGGUGGCGACUGCCCAGUACAACACAGUUUCUCAUAUGACGAGCGGCGAGAAGAGAGAGGUUGCCGAGUACGACUAUGAGGAGUACAAGGCCGGCGAAGGACUUCAACAGGUCAAUGAACUGUCGUCUCAAGAUCCGAUGGAAUUCGUUGCUCUUCCUGAUUGUAAGAUCACUUUCAAUGGUUUCUCCGUUUUAAUCUAAAGUUUUUAGUCACGCCGUUCGAAGAACGUCAAAUUGCAUACAUGCACCGCCUGUCGGUUGCUCCAUCGUGCGUUAUUCGCAAAAAACACGGACGUGCAAUCUACUUCGAGACGGAUGACCGUAAAAAUGCGUCGGAAGAAAAUGCAGCCGUGAAGUGAGUUCGCUCGUUUCUGAAUAGACGUACUUAUCCAAUAGGGUCAAAUUCAGAAAAAAAGUAGGCAAGAAGAAAGAACGUAAGCGUCUCGAAGAUGCCAGCAGCGAAGAGGAAGUAGAACCAGAAGAGAGCGGCGAAGGCACGAGUACGCGAGCUAAGAAGAAAGGACGAGGCCGACCUGCCGCUAGAAAGGUUUGAGAAACGAACCCGAACUGAACAUGAAUUUUACGAUUUGUAGAAAAACUCUCGAGCUUCUAUGUUUCCUCAUCGUCACGAUGGUCUUCCAUAUCUGGAUUACUUAUUUGAGGAUUUUAUGAAUGAAGAUAUAAACGUCAAACAGUUGCCUACUGCAGUUUCCUACGCGGUUUGUCAUUGUUCUGCCUUCUCUCGGAAUUUAUCUUUUUAAGCAUAUCCGAGUUCCUGAAUGGUAUAAAAUUUCCGAAAACUACUGGGAUAACGUUAAUUUACCAAGUACUUCCGACGAUAACAAACCACCCGACGACCUUCUACUUGCUGUCGCAAAAGAUCAUCACAAACUGAUGCAUCAAGAGCGCGAACGAGUAAGAGUGAGUCAAAAAGAGAGAAAUUUCAAGGGCACGUUCGAUUCUUUCAGAGGGAAACGGAGAAAAAGCGCCGCCAAGCCCGUUCUGCUGCUGCCACUCCAGCUUACAACUGUAACGGAGACGACGACACGGACUACCCGCCAUUUGACAUGCGACAGUUCCAGCCUUCAGUCAUUACUUCUCGACGUCGCUACGCUUCUGUUCAGAAUCCGUUUGAACCACGCAACUUUCUCAACAACAGUCAUUCCCCGGAGUAG